AUGUCUACGGCCCUUACGAGCAACAAUGCGAACGCAAUAACCCCGGCUCAACUCCUCGAACGCCUCCAUAGGCUCAACGAGGAGAACAUUCAGUUGAACCAGCGCCAGACCGCCUUGCGCGGCGAGUACUUUGAAUUCGUCGACCAGGUCGCUCAGGCCAUGCAAGCCGACCCGACUCUGCUUCCGCGCUUGCAGGCCGAGAUGGCGGCCUCGACACCUUCCGCACCUCUCGACUUCACCAUGUCUCCCGAUUUGAUCUGCGGCAACCUCGACGAAGGCUUGCCGAACGUCGACUUGAGCCCUCCCUUCGGCCCUACUCCUCUCGAGACUGAGGCUGCUUCGAUCUCGACCCUCGAGGACAUCCCCCUCGCUUCCCUUCCUCCGUCGCUGCUUUGGGGCAACGUCGAGGGAUCCGCGGCCGAGCCCUUCCACACCGUCAACUCGUCGACGCUGUCGCUUGCGACGAGCGUCUCACACCCCGCGGGCUCUGUUCCGCCCGCCUCCCUCUGGUCGUCCUCACCAGCUUCGAUAGGCUACUCGCCGCUUUUCGAGGACUUCACCAACCUCGGCGCCUGGGGCACUCCGCAGACCGAUUCAAACCGCUCCUUCUCGACGUCGACCUCCUUCAGCCUCGACGAGCCGUUUUCGGGUCUCCUCAACUCGCCUCUCGCCGCGUCCGUCGACGCCAGCUUCGGCAAGGCCAAGAGUCCGGCGCCGGCUCAGCAAGACAUCCCGACGCUGAGGUUCGACCCUAUCGGCUCGUCCCGUUACAGGUCGCCUAGCGUCGCUUCGAGCCUUCUGGCCUCGCCUCAGCUCAAGCCAUUUGGCCAGCGCAUGGGCUCAACGAAGCGCGGUAGAACGACGAGGACUCUCAAGGCCGACGACUCCCUCCUCGUCGUCAAGAACGCCGAGCACAUCUUCGCCGUCCUCACUCUCCCGCUUGCGAAAGGGGACGAGUCUCCCGUCACACGUCUUUACCUCGACCAGGCCGCGAUGCUCCCGACCUCGCCUAUCGCACGCGCCGUCCUCUUCAGCGAGCCCUACACCUCCGCCUCCUUCCGCCAAGACUGCGAGCUCUGCUCUGUCUACACCUUCUACAGCGCCUGCCGCGCAGCUUGGACGCUCGCCUUCACCCCUGCGGGACCGAACAUCUUCCCGGCCUCGCCCGUCAAGAACCCUUCCUCGCAGCCAACUUACACUUUCCUCCACUUCCUCCCGGGCGACAUCGUCGUCUCGCCCUCGCACCCAAUCGGCAGCGUCGACUGGUGGCGCGUUCAAGAGUGCCGCAACUCGCACGCUGGCUAUCCCGGAAGCGGAGGAUGGACAGCGAGGUACGAUGGCGAGACGGAGGGCGAGAAGCGGCGCCCUGCGCGCAUCUAUACGCACUUUGCCAAGUGCGCUGCGAAGGGGUGCGAGGAUGAGGGCGAGUGGUCGUUGAUGAAGCUUGCCAAGGCGAUGAAGCCGUCGAGGGCGUGA